AUAAUCAACUCAAACCAGCUCAAAUACACUCAAAACCAUACGUCCCUGGAGGAUCUUCAUUUUCAAAACACACCCGUUUAUUUCUUUUUCCAUUCGAUUCCUGAAACCAGCUCAUUUCCGCUCAAUACCCUAAUCCAUACCAACCAACUGACAAUCUAUCAACCAAUCACAAAACCAAAAUCAACAAACAAGAUGCCUUCUCUCAGCAACAUCCUCCUUGCCGCCACCCUGGCUUUCUCCUCCGCCUGCUCUGCCAAGACCAUCCCCGUCAAGGUUGGCGAGUCCGGCCUGACCUUUGAGCCGGCGAACAUCAAGGCCGACGUCGGCGACAUUCUCGAGUUCUGGUUCUACGCCCACAACCACAGCGUCGUGACCUCCACCGCGGCCAAGCCCUGCGAGCCCAAGACCGACAACGGCUUUUACUCUGGUUUCUUCCCCGUUGCUCAGACCGGCGUUGCUUCUGACAACGUCUUCCGUGUAACAGUCAACUCGACCACCCCUCUGUGGUUCUACUGCUCCCAGGGCAAGCACUGCCAAGCUGGCAUGGUCGGCGCCGUCAACGCCAAGAGCACCGACGACUUUGACAAGUUCACGACGGCAGCCAAGGCGGCGGCGAGCAACGUGACGCCUGCUGGUGGUAUCUUUGGUGGUUCCGUUGCCAAGGCCUCCUCGUCCGAUGGUUCUUCUUCUGGUGGUAGCAGCAGCACUACCCUCGUUCCUGUCCACAGCGGCAGUGCCUCUGCCUCGGGUGCUUGGUCGUCUGCUACCUCUUCUACCAUGCCCACUAGCGGUGCUGGAGCUGUUGGUGUCUCUUUCAGUGUCUUGGUUGCGGCGCUUGGAUUUGCUCUUGCUUAAGAGGGUUGAAAUUUGGUCAUGGUUUAUGGUAUCUUCUGAGCUGAUGAUGGAGGGGAAUGGGAAAAAUGAACAAAACGGCAAUCUGAAGCUCUCCCUGGCGGAGACCGGAUGUAUGUUAAUAAUGUGUUAUUUGAACUGGUUUUGAGC